AAUGCAAAAUCAUCACUUCAACAUAUUAGCCAAAAAAAUUGUGGAAGUGUUUCCAAAAGAAGAUGAACGAAUUUAUUAUAUACCACCAAAAACAGAUGGGCCUCAACAACUUUUGAGCAGGGGUAAACUGCCAGAUAAGUACAGAAAUUGGAUAACAGCUCAGAAAAAAAUCGGUUUCUCCCGAGAAAAGGAAACUGACGAACAGUGCGACGACGGUGAACAAGCGACCAAUAUUGCACUUUUAGAUGAAGAACGAUACAAAAAUGAGGCUGUUCAGUGGCUACUGAAUAACUUUGAACCGUGGGAUUCAGUUGUCAAAAACUUUCAAAAGUGCCAAGAAUUUCGACUACGAGAUUUCCAAUCGGCUCCUGGAAAUAUUCAAAGUAUAUUUGAACGUUGGCCCGUAUUGAUGCAACCUCGUGGAUUAGAACUCAUAGACAGCGAUUUCACAUUUCAAUUCGGAAGAGAGGGACAAAUUUUUGUGGAAUGGAGACAGUUUGCCUUCAAUAUUUUUAACCUAAUGCAAACAGAAGUAAAAGACAAAACUGCUUUGUCUUUGCUAUCAACUUUAAAGCUAGCAAAUAUUCCAGAUGAAACCAGGAAUCUCAAGUUGCUAAUGUUGCUGCCAUCUCUCAUACCAUCUUCUUGCAGACUGAGAUCAUUGAAAAGGCCUUAUACCUAUUGGAAACCAAGUAUCCAAAAUUCAUUGGAUACUUUCAUUUUACACGAAAAAGUUAAUAUUAAAAUUGUAUUUACUUUUUACUAUUAUUGUGUUAGACAAAAAAUUAAUAGAAAAAUAUUAUUUCAGAUUCAAGGAAAUAUUGAAAAUACUAUACGGGACUUAAAGGAAAAGCACAGGUUGUACAAUUUAACUUUUCAACCGUUGAUCAUUGUGGUAGGACCGAAUUUGGACACGAUCAAUGCUAUCUAUGUUUACAUAGAUUCAUCGGUGUAUAAAGUAACAUCAAUUUUGAAAGCAGUAGACUUAUGUUACAAGGCGUUUCAUAUCUUCCAUGCACAUUAUCCUGUGAUUUGUCAGCAAGUGUGGUUACUUAUUCAGAAGGGAAUUUACAAACAAAAUACUGCGUGGGAUAAAACAAUUGCAGGUGUAAAUACUAUUUUACGUUGCAUUCAAGAUGUGCAAGAGAUAUAAUUAAAGAUUUUUAAAAUUAGCGUAUUAUAGAAUUUUGUAAGUUACAAGAUGUUUUCGUGUUAUAUUUGCGGAUAUCAAUUUGAA